CUCGCGAGGUCCGACGCGAGCGACAAAUCGCCGCGGUCCCUUUGAAAAGCCCGACCCGGGGCACUCGGGCGAGCUCAGGAGAGAGCGAGGACGACGAGGGGAGGACGACUAGGACGACGAGGAGGAGGAGACGAUGAUGGUGAUGUGUGCCCUCCGCUGGACCGAAUAAGUGGAGCAUGAGGAACGCUCGGAUUUGAAUGAGCUCAAGGUCGAAGAGUGAGUUGAACAGCAGCAGCAGCAGCAGAGCAAAUCGAGCAGGCAGGGCGGUGAGAGAGAUGGAGGCGGAGGGAGAGCGUGAGGGCCCCUCGUUCCGCGAGCUCUGCUGGCUCGUGUGCUGGCCGCCGCUGCCCAGCCGCAUCGUGUCCAAGCUGGCGUUCUCGCCGUCGCCGCCGUCGUACCGCCUGCAGGGAGAUGGAGCGAGCGGGCGCUGCGGCCUCGUGCUUACGGAGCGCGCCGACUGGCCGCACACGUCCUCGCGCCUCGACGCUAUCGACGUCUUCCUGACGCACACGCGGCGCGGCAACCGCAUCGCCUGCAUGCACGUGCGCGCCUCCCCACAGGCCCGCUGCACUCUGCUCUUCUCACAUGGGAACGCCGUGGACCUCGGCCAGAUGUGCGGCUUCUAUGCCGAUCUAGCAGCCAAACUCAACUGUAACGUCUUCUCCUACGACUACUCUGGCUAUGGCGCCAGCUCGGGCAAGCCGUCCGAAAGGAACCUCUACGCCGACAUCGACGCCGCAUUUCAGGCGCUUCGCACGCGGUACGGGCUAACCCCGGACAAGGUGGUGCUGUACGGUCAGAGCAUCGGCACCGUGCCCACGGUGGACCUGGCCUCGCGCUACGAGUGCGCCGGCGUAGUGCUGCACUCGCCGCUGGCGUCCGGCCUGCGCGUGCUCUUCCCAGGGAUUGCUCGCACCUACUGCUUCGACCCUUUCCCAAGCAUAGAGAAGAUCUCCAAGGUUUCCUCCCCCGUGCUGGUGAUUCACGGCACGGAGGACGAGGUGGUGGACCUGUCGCACGGCAUGGCCAUCCACGCGCGCUGCCGUCGCCCCGCCGAACCGCUCUGGGUGGAGGGCGCCGGCCACAACGACGUGGUGCUGCAUGCGCAGUACAUGGAGCGCCUGCAGAGGUUCCUCACCCACGAGAUCGCUUGUGCCUAGGUUCUGCGAGUCGCGCACCACCACGCCGUGGACGGGGAGCAAUGGCCACGCCAAUAUCAUCACGUCGUCGCGUAAAACACCGUCAUGGCGGUGUUGGUGGUGUCGUUGUGACACCUUUGGUGGCGUGUGCCACUUUUUAACGCAAUGCAAUGCAACCGUCUGAAUGCAUUCCACCAUUGAGAGUAAACGCUGCCACGCGCGCUGGUUCAUUUGCGUCGUUCCAUAGACACCGCCAUAACUGACGUGGGGGUAGCGGUUAAGUGGUGGUAGUGGUGGUGGAUGUGCCACAUUUGUUUUUGGCGUGAGCCACCUCGCAAUGCAAUGCACCUGUCUGGAUGCAACUGCUUUCUAACACAAUGGUGAAAUAGAAUCAAAGGUGAAAGGUGCAGCCCUGCAAUUUCUUGCUCUCAUCACUGCUGGCAGAAGGGCUUCCACUGGAGGGAGCUCUAGAGAGCCCCUAUUAGAGGGUAUUUUGGUCUGCUCUUCCAGAGAUGGGUAUUACCCACACUUUAUCCCACCACAAGCGACCUGCCGAUCGACUUGACUGUGGUGUAGUCAUCUAUACUGCUGGGUGGACAGAGGCGAUGGGAGGGGGGGGGAUUAAAAACUCGCCCUUUGUUUCAACUGCCACUCCGGGAGAUGAAUUGAACUGGUGACCUCUCAUUGCAAGUCCAGUGCGAUGACCAUAUCACCUCAGCAGCAUCCCCAGUGAAAUGGAAUGCGCAGCAAAGAAUGGGCGUAACACGCACAUGCACCAUGCAAUUUGCAUCGACAGAUUUCACCACAUCGCACUGGACCGCAUCAUUCUGCAAAGAACCGCACUGGAUUAGAGAUCACAAGCUGGUGUGCAUGUGCAACUUUUCUUGGGGCCACAGAAAGCAUUGACGGAGGAGAAUUCCAUGUCAGACGUGUAGUGCAAUCAUCCAUUUGCUUUGAUCUGAUGACCAUUCCAUUACCAUGCCGUGAAGUGUUUUUACUCCGUGUGCGCCAUCACUUAAAGUCGUUUGCGUGUUCUUGCGGAGUCGUGCUUUACCUGUUUUGAGUUUGUAUUUUGCUUUUCCGUGACAGUGUUAAACGUUUAAAUUGCGUUCAUGAUCGCGAA